AUGACUGAUAAUCACAAUUCACAAACAUUUAUGGUAAACGACCGAUCACUGCACUACUUCCCAACGAAAUUGCUCGUGAAAUGUGGAACAGAAUUGAAAAUCGAUCGAACAAACAUUUAUUAUGAACUUGACUAGAGAGUAUUCUUUGACGUCGAAAGUAAUAUCACAUUGAUUCAUCUCAUAUACGAUUAACAAAUAAUCGCGAUCUUUCCGUGAUGGUCUUUGAAGAUGAACGAGAGAGAGGUGACCUUUUCCUGUCCUCUCCCAUCACAUUUAUUGCUGUGGUAGCGAUUGACUUUGGCACAACAUUUAGUGGGUUUGCAUUUGCGUUUAAUAACAAAGAUGGAGAGAAAAGCAUUCACAUGAAUAAAGAAUGGGGUACGGAUCAAGGCUAUUCCACUAUGAAGACACCUACAUGUUUGCUGCUCAAUCCAGACAAGAGCUUCAAUUCCUUUGGUUAUGAAGCCCAAGAUAGAUAUGCUGAUUUGGAGGAAGAGGAAGCUUGUCAAUAUUUUUACUUCGAUAGCUUCAAAAUGAUUCUUCAUAACAAUGAGAACUUGAACAGAAACACUACUUUAGAAGCAGGAAAUGGUGAGCACAUGAUUGCCUUGGAUGUAUUUAAAUAUUCCAUAAAAUAUCUUUACACAAGAGCACUUGAGGUGAUCCAGGAGAGAACUGGUGACGAGAAUUUUGGAAUGAGUGAUGUACAGUGGGUCUUGACCGUGCCAGCAAUUUGGAAACCAGCAGCAAAACAAUUCAUGAGAGAAGCUGCUUAUCAAGCAGGAUUAGCAUGUCCCUCCAACCCAGAGCAGAUACUGAUUGCGUUGGAGCCUGAGGCAGCCUCCUUCUACUGCAUGGAACAAAAAAUGAGGGAUUUUGUUGCUGAAAGUGGGACUAACGAUGCCUUAGUCACGGACACUAUUGCACGAAUAGAAACACAGUAUGUAGUGGUUGACAUUGGAGGGGGAACUCUUGAUGUGACUGUUCAUGAACUUCUGGAAAAUGGAGGAAUUCGAGAGCUUUACAAAGCCACUGGUGGUACAUUUGGAGGACAAAAUGUCAACAGACAGUUCAGGAUCCUUCUUGAGACGAUUUUCACUAAAUCAUUCAUUGAUCAUUAUGCCCGUCAAAACCCUGUGGAUUGGCUCUGUCUGAUGAAUGAUUUCGAAGUGAAGAAACGCGGAAAGCGCAUCUGUGAAGGGGGCACAACAAGAAUUCGAUUGCCUGGUAGUUUCAUAAGUAAAUUUCCCAGCCAUAAAGGUUGGGAUAUUAACACAGCUAUUCAACAGCAUUGCAGCCUGGACGAAAUCAAAGUCGUACGUAACGAGUACCUCUGUCUUGAACCAAAAGUCAUGAAGCAGCUGUUCAAUCCAGUCAUGGAUGACAUCAUUUCCCACCUCUCCAACCUAUUCGCCCAACCAGAGUUGUCUAAGGUCAAGUUUGCAUUUCUUGUAGGCGGUUUUGCCGACUCAGCUGUUCUCCAGAAAAGAAUCAAGAAGCACUUCGGCCAAACCUAUCGCAUUUUGGUACCACAGUACGCAUCCCUUGCAGUUGUGCAAGGUGCUGUAAUGUUUGGACAGAAACCUCAUAAGUUCGAGUCGAGAAUAAUGACCACUACCUACGGGAUUCGCGUGCUCAAGCUUUUCUUGGAUGGGUUACAUCCCGAAUCGAAAAGGGAAAUAAUAACUGGCAUCCCGCGCUGUAAAGAUGUGUUUUUUAAGCUCGUUAAGGCCAAUGAAGAAGUUAAAGUUGGAGAAAAACGUCGAUUCACCGGUUUUGCACCUGUGACAGGCGAGCAGCAACAGGUGAAAGUCGAUUUCUACCAAUCAGACCGUUCAGAUGUGGAGUUUGUAACAGAUCCUGAGGUACUAAAGGCCCCAGGACCGGGGCUAGUACUUGAAACACCGGAGGCAUGGAAAACGAAAGACAUCGAAAUAAAUUUGCUCUUCGGUGGAACUGAGAUAAAGGUCACAGCCGUAAAUCUUACAAGCAAUCAACAGUCUACAGUUUAUCUGGACUUUCUGGCCAGCAGUUAAGGAAAAUAAGAAUCCUGCUGGCUCUGUUUGUGCUAGUUAAGUGUAUAUAGUAU